AGUCAGAAAGCACGUUGUUUUGAUAUGUCAACAUCUAUUUGUUUACACGGUGCACAGGAGCUGUUUUUGUGACCUAAUUCGACUUUUUGUUCUCUUGAUUCAAUUUAAUUGACCAGAAAAAAGUGUUUUUAAUCAUAAAAAAAAAAUCAUGACAGAUACUGAGCCAUGUGAAAAGCAACCGAAAAUUGAAGAAUACUUCAGUAGCUAUGAGGAUUUGGAGGUGCAUAGGUUAAUGUUAACCGAUCGACCGCGUCAAGAGGCAUACCGUGAAGCGAUUUUAUCAAAUGCGUCACUUUUCGCUGGCAAAACAGUGCUCGACGUCGGUGCUGGAACGGGAAUUCUGUCGAUUUUCUGUGCCCAAGCCGGUGCUGCCAAGGUAUAUUCAAUUGAAGCAUCUAAAAUAGCUGGCAUAGCACGUGAAAUCGUCAAGGAGAAUGGUUUUGGAAACGUAAUAGAGGUGCAUCAAUCAAGAGUUGAAGAUUUUAAACUAGACGGUGACGACCAACGCCAAGUCGACAUAAUCGUAUCAGAAUGGAUGGGAUUUUACUUGUUGCACGAAGGGAUGUUAGACUCAGUAUUAGCAGCUCGUGAUAAAUUCCUUAAACCAACCGGUUCAAUGUUUCCACAAAACGCAUCAAUUUACGUGGCUCCAUGUGCCGUUCCAACGUUGUUUGAUGAUUGGCAUUCGCACGACGAUGUUCAAAUGCAAGCAUUCGGAGCUGCGCUUCGUGCACAAAAAUCAUUGAAACCAGAGAUUAUGGUGGUACCGCCCGGUGAUUUGUUACACGAAGGCACUGUUAUGGCAUGGUUCGAUUUGAACGAAGUUUCAAUGGAAGAUUUGAAUGAACUUGUGUUCAAUGAAGUAAUUGUGACCCAACAUCCGGGCAAUUAUCAAGGUAUUUGCUUAUGGUUCGAUGUUGCAUUCCCAACCAAUGACGAAGAAGAAACGGUGACACUCUUAACAGGACCAACCGCUGAACCCACACACUGGAAACAAACAGUCAUUCUAUUGCCAGAUCAAUAUCAAGAAACCAUUGAGCCAAACCAACCGAUCGCUUUUAACUUGGCCAUGAAACGGAAUGAAGAAAAUCAACGCCAGUACAAAUUAGAACUGACCAUUUUAGAUCCAAACAAUGUUGAACAUUCCGUUCCGUGCGAUUGUGAUCUCACAAAGUGUAUUUUGGUUAAGGAACAUCUUAAAUUGAGCGAAGCUCAAGAUAUCGUUCCUGAAUUGGUUUGAUAAAAAGUUGAGAAGAGAAUGAUUUUCUUGAAAAAAAAAAAAUGUAUGAGUAAUUUUUGAUACGAAAAAGAAGAAGAAUAUUUGUUGAAAAUAAAGAAUAAUAUUAUUGUUCGCAUAUAUGCGAAAGCGAAUGAAUUAUAAUUCAAUAAUUAUUGAAUUUUUGAAAGAAAAGAAGAAAAUUGUUAAGAUAUUAUUAUUUUCGAAUAAAAUUAAAAAAAAAACAUGAAAAUGAGAAAAAA